AUGUCAUAUCAGUUACGACUAAACGGCAGCCGCUGUGACCGUUUUGUAAAACAGCAAAAUGAAGAAAUCGCAUUUCUCGAUAUUUCCGUCGUGAGGGAGAGGAGGAAUCCCUUAUUGAACACAAAAGAAUCUGACUCCGAUUAUCACCGGAUUUCUCUUCCUCAUGCCAUUAGAGUUCGUUUCCGUGGUGGAGACCGCCCGAUUCAUGGAGAACAGAGAGGAGAGACGCGGCGGUGCGCCGGAAAUGGACACGCUUGGACGCCCCGGUUCUGUUCGCCGAAUAUCUCGAUCUCUCCCUGUCUCAUUGGCUUGACCAGUGUCGGCUCCUCCGGUCAGUUACGCGCUCGCCACCCUCUGAUCUACUUUGCGGUUACGACGAAUUCGCUGUUGCAUGACGUCGGAGCCACCGUCGCAGUUCUCGGUGGAGCCUACACGCUUGUCUUAAUCUUUGAGAGUCUCACGAAGCAAAACGUGAUCCCACAGGUCUCUCUAAUCAGAUGA